GCUCUAAACGUAUUUUAAUAGAAGACCCCAGUCCUGGCCAAUUCAUUCGCUCCUCCUUGUUUAGUCAAAAGAGUUAUGGCCGUGGUAGUGGCUGUGGGAGCUGGCACAAAGGCUACAUGUGGCGCUCUCUCAUUAUGUUCAACUUAGGCACAGCCCUCUGUGAAAACUGCGGGAAGUUCUGCUCCCCGUAGGCUGCCACGGAAGAAUAAUACAGCCGUUGAUGUCUCCAAAGGGAUACCCCACCACGCUAUUAUAUCCUCGCUGCUAACGAGGGGUUCAUACGCCUUUGAUAUAAUCUGACUGUAGAAAUCCGUCUAAAUCUCCGGGCGCUUAAAAUAAAUCCUAUUGGAAACGGGUUUUCUUCACCUGCUCCAGCAGGCGAGGUUACGGGAAAAGGCACGCAGGAGUGACAUGCAUGUUAAAACGGGCCAACCGUUUUCAUUAGCACAUUACAACUCCACUCACACGACAUCGCGGAACACGACAUGAUGAAAACACUCACACGACAUGAGGAAAACACUCACACGACAUGAGGAAAACACUCAAGUAGCCCAGUAUUUAAAUAAAACCGCUUCUUGAGUGGAUGCGUAUAAGAGCUACUUUGAUCUGAACAGAUACAUUUGAUUACUAGACAUGGAGGAAAACAUACUUCUUGAUAGAUAAAAUCAAUGUGAAAGUGAUCUAUGUCACAGAAACAAACUCAAACUCACAGAAACAAAGUCAAGGAAGAUCAAACUGUGCCAUUAUAAUACAACUACACAAAAAUGACUUCUGUCCUAGAAAUGUGCCAAAUAAAAUGAUAUUCAUCUUGGCAGGUGAGAGACCCCUUGGACUGAACUACCUUGUUUGCAUGAAAUUCCCGAAUCCAGUCUGAGGAAGACAAAAAAAAAAUGUGAUAAAAUGUACAACAAACCAGGAAGUGGAUUUUGGUGCCAAGUUCUUUGCUUCAAGGAAUUUCUAAAUAGGCUUAAAGGCCCCUUUCCCUUUCAAAGCAGGGAUUGGUCACACUUCAUCUCAUUUGCAUGUGGCUCUCUAUAAACCCCCCCGCCAUUGCAGAUCUCUCCAUUUGCGUUAAAGGUUUGAGGACGCAAGCACCAACGUGUGCGCACCAGGGAUACACUUUUAUCCAAGGUUCAGAAAGAACAGUGUGCCAAUGAAACUACGGCAAAUUUAAACUGACAAGUGCUUUUGAUUUAAUAAAAGCGUCUAUUUCUUAGUGCUGAAGCUCAGCUGAGUUUGGUCACGGACAUGGGUGACAGGCGAAACUCUCUAUUCUCGUGGCAACGGAGGAUGAUUUUCACCUUUACGUGCGCACUGGCUUUUCUGCCAGCGUUCAUCGAUGGAAGGACCAUGAAAUACCAAACCUAUGAAGAAGACGCCCCAGGUACAGUCAUCGGCAACCUGGCCAAGGACAUGUCUAUCAGUCUGUCACUGGGGGGCAAGGCCAAUUUCAGGAUGAUGAAACAGUUCAAUUCCUCUUUUAUCCGACUGAGAGAAUAUGAUGGACAACUAACUAUCGGGGAGAGAAUCGACAGAGAAAAAAUUUGUAAGCAUUCUCUUCAGUGUCUCAUUGCUUUCGACGUUGUCAGUUUUUCUAAAGAACAGUUCAAAUUAAUUCAUGUCGAAGUGGAGGUGAAAGACAUCAAUGACAACUCUCCCGAGUUCUCCCGGAGAGAAUCUACCCUUGAAAUCUCAGAAAAUACGGCAGUGGGCACCCGAAUCCCCCUUGAUGUGGCUGUAGACGAGGACGUGGGCACAAACUAUAUACAGAACUACCAGAUUUCAGUCAAUAGUCACUUUACUAUUGAUGUUCUGAGCAGAGCGGAUGGGGUUAAAUAUGCGGAGCUGGUUCUAAUGAAAGAACUGGACAGGGAGACACAGGCAUCCUAUGCACUGGAGCUCGUCGCAGCCGACGGCGGAAACCCAUCCAGGUCCGGCACCACCAGAAUCAACGUCAAGGUGAAAGACUACAAUGACAAUAGCCCCGUAUUCGACCGGAACAACUUCUCUGUCGAUUUACCUGAAGACUCACCGGUUGGAACUCUGCUUCUGGAUCUUAACGCAGUUGACCCGGACGAGGGCUUAAAUGGGGAAGUUGUGUACGGGUUUGGAAAUCAAGUGCCCUCAGAAAUCCGUCAACUUUUUAAAGUGGACCGAAAAUCUGGACGACUGACCCUCGAAAGCCCCAUUGAUUAUGAAAGCAAGAAAACGUACGAGUUUGACGUCCAGGCGUCUGAUUUAGGUCCAAAUCCGAGCCCUACUAUUUGCAAAAUAAUCAUUCAGGUGCAGGACGUGAAUGACAACGCGCCAGAAAUCAGCAUUACCCCGAUGACCUCUAUCACAGCGGGCAUUGCCUACAUCACUGAGGCGGCUGCGAAGGACAGCUUUGUCGCUCUAAUCAGCACCUCGGACAGAGACUCCGGGGCGAAUGGCCAGGUUCACUGUACCCUGUACGGGCAUGACCACUUCAAACUUCAGCAGGCUUACGAGGACAGCUACAUGAUUGUCACCACAUCACCUUUGGACAGAGAAAAGAUCCCUGAAUACAAUUUGACAGUGGUGGCUGAAGACCUGGGCUCUCCGCCUUUCAGGACGAUAACGCAAUACACAAUCAGACUGAGCGACGAGAACGACAACGCCCCUGUCUUUAGCAAACCUGUGUAUGAAGUAGCGGUCGUGGAAAACAAUGCGCCUGGUGCCUACAUUACAACUGUGGUGGCGAGGGACUUGGACCUGGCGCACAAUGGCAAAGUGACCUACAAGCUGGCGGACUCAUACAUCAUGGGAUCACCGGUGUCGACAUAUGUCUCCCUGGACCCCGCCACGGGUUCACUGUACGCGCUGCGAAGUUUCAACUAUGAGGUCAUCAAACAGCUAGAUCUGCGAGUCCAAGCGAGCGACGGGGGGUCGCCGCAGCUCCACAGCACCGCGACCAUCAACCUAAAAAUAGUUGAUCAGAAUGACAACCCGCCGUCCAUCACACAGCCCGCCCUCAAUAACGGCUCCGCAGAAGUUCUACUGCCUAAAGAUGCCCCUUCGGGUUAUGUUAUAACCCAGAUAAAUGCCAGGGACGCGGACGAGGGCGCCAAUUCAGAGCUGUCCUACAAAAUAACCUCUGGCGAAGUCUCGUUGUUCUCCAUCAACAAAGCCAGCGGAGAGAUCUAUCUAAAUCGCGAGCUGAACUACGAUGUCGACGAAAGCUUGCGAGUCACAGUCACAGUCAGUGACAACGGCAGACCCUCUUUGACUUCCACAGCUACUAUACACUUCACAAUAAUAGCCGGAGCUCCCCCCAGCGACCGAACCAUUUUCAGGCACUCUAGCAACGGGGAGUCCGGUGAAUGGGACCUUUCAAUUGUCAUCAUUGUUGUCCUUGCCGGGAGCUGCACCUUGCUACUGCUAGCCAUCAUACUCAUUGCCACCACCUGCAACAAACGCAAAGCAGUCAAGAGAGGACACGAUUUCGACCUAGACAAAGAUGGCAUGGCGAAUAUGGAGGGUGGGAAGAACAACAGUGACCAGCUCAUUCCCAUCCACAGCGAGAACGUGUUUGACGUGCAUCCCUACACAAACAAGCCUUCUUUCGCGGGCUCUCUCCAGACAGGAAGCGACACCUGCUCCAACUCCGAAGACGGCACUGAGGCCACCUGCACCUAUGAGCCAGACAACAAAACCCACGUCGCCAAACUCGAGGGAUAUUCUACGCUGCCAGGCUACGGAAAGGAAACCCUCAGACCCAUUACCAUAUGGAAAGGCAACUCCUUCACAACCAUCUCAGCACGAGAUCCACAGUUCAGCGGGAAGGAUAGCGGGAAAGGAGACAGCGAUUUCAACGACAGUGAUUCUGAUAUCAGCGGGGAUGGUCUAAAAAAGGACCAGAGUAACGCACAGAAUGGUUUGUGGGCAUGCACUAGUGAAUGCAAGAUUCUCGGCCACUCAGAUCGAUGCUGGAGUCCUUCAGCUACCCGGGCGAAUAGCAACUCGGCUCAUGGACAGCAUCUCUCGUCAUUCGCCAAGACGGCCUCGCUUCCCAGGGACACCCUGCGCAGAGACAACUAUUACCAGGCGCAUUUACCCAAAACCGUGGGCCUGCAGAGCGUCUAUGAGAAAGUCUUGCACAGAGAAUACGACUACAUGUUGGUCACCCCUCCAAGACCUGUGAGGGUGCAAGAAAUCAAUGAUAUUACAAUUCCUGUGUAUUCACCCACGACAUCACGCUGUUCAACUAAUGAAGUCUGAGGCUUCUGUAUGCGCUUUAUUUUUAAGUUAAUUAUGUAUUUGAAACCAGCUAGUUGCUGCAAAUGUAUGACAAUAUUAUUAUCAUUGUUAUUAUUAUCAUCAUUAUUAUUUUACAGAGAAAAUAUAUGCCAACAUAUAAUAUUUGUGUAGAGUGCAUUUUGAUGUCAGUCCUCGUCCAAUGUCGAUCUAUCCAAUCAGUGGACUUUGUUGAACAUACUAUGUAUAUUGGGAUUUUGUAAAUACAGAGUAUAUUUUUAUAAUGUUAUUGAAAAGAAGACAGAUUGUGAAUCUGAGAGUAUUUUAUUUUAAUGGCAUGUUUAUUAUUUAAAAGGCCCCGAGGUUCAUUUGUAUGGCCAAUAAGCCCUAUGUAUCAAGUUGAUAACAUUGUACGAAUAUAUUUGAAUGCCAAAUGUGUUUCUCUUAUUGCUCAAGUUUCUAUAACAUACAUUGAAAAUAAACUACUGAACAUAA